AUGGCGCCGAAAACGAAGCAGCGCGCUGUGUCCAAGACGCAUGGUUAUGAGUUUUUUGGACCGCCCGGUGCCGCCGCCAUCAGCUUCGGCCUGCCAGUGCUCAUCUACGCCUUCGCUUUUGCCUGCAACGACAUUUCAGGAUGCCCCGCACCUUCUCUCCUCCACCCAAAGUCGCUCGAUCUCGAUGUCUUGAAAAGAGAGGUUGGAUGGCCCCAUGACGGACUUAGGGGCCUCGUGAGUUGGCGGGCGACCGGCUGGACGCUGGCAUACUAUCUCUUCAGUGCCGUCCUGUACAGGGUGCUGCCGGGGACCGAGACCGAGGGAACGAAGCUCGCCAAUGGCGGCCGGUUAAAGUAUAAGUUCAAUGCCUUUUCGUCGACCAUGUUCACGCUGGCUAUCUGCGCCGCCGGCACCUUCGCCCAGGGCGCCGAGUUCCCCCUGUGGACGUUCAUCACCGACAACUACCUCCAGAUCCUGACCGCCAACAUCAUUAUUGCCUACAGCCUCGCAACCUUCGUCUACAUCCGCAGCUUCAGUGUCAAACCGGGCAACCCGCAGUUCCGCGAAUUGGCCGCCGGUGGCGUCACGGGCAACAUGCUCUACGACUGGUUUAUCGGGCGCGAGCUCAACCCGCGCGUCACGCUGCCCCUCAUCGGCGAGAUCGACAUCAAGGAGUUUAUGGAGAUCCGCCCUGGGCUUACGGGCUGGAUCCUGCUCAACUGCGCCUUCGUGGCUAAGCAGUACCGCACCUUCGGCUUCGUGACCGAUAGCAUCAUCUUCAUAGCGGUGGUCCAGGCGCUCUACGUCCUUGACGGCCAGUUCAUGGAGCCCGCCAUCCUCACCACCAUCGAUAUCAUUAGCGACGGCUUCGGCCUGAUGCUCUCCUUUGGCGACCUCGUCUGGGUGCCCUUCCUGUACACCCAGCAGACGCGCUACCUUUCGGUGCACCCGCAGUCGCUCGGCCCGCUUGGCCUCGCCGGCGUCGGCGCGCUGCUGGCCGCGGGCUUCGCGAUCUUCCGCCUGUCCAACAGCCAGAAGAACGCGUUCCGCACCGACCCCAACGACCCGGCCGUCGCCCACCUCAAGUACAUCGAGACCAAGGCCGGCACGCGGCUGCUCGUCUCGGGCUGGUGGGGCAUCGCGCGCCACAUCAACUACUUUGGCGACUGGCUGCAGGCCUGGCCGUACUGCCUGCCGACGGGUUUGGCUGGGUACACGAUCCUGACUGCGGGCACGUCGGCCGAGGGCGCGAUCCGCAUGCUGGACGGCAGGGAGGUGGUGCCCGGCGAGGCGCGCGGCUGGGGCACCAUCUUCACGUACUUUUACAUUGUCUACUUUGCCGUGCUGCUCAUCCACCGCGAUCGGAGGGACGACGAGAAGUGCUCGCGCAAGUACGGCGAGGAUUGGGAGAAGUAUAAGAGGAUUGUGAGGUGGCGCAUCGUGCCCUAUGUGUACUAG